AAACAGCAAGAGGAACGAAGAGUUCAGGCAUUCCCUUGCUUCACCUCGCCGCCAUACCAUGGUUUUCGGAGUAGACGAUGUGGCUUUCUUCGCGGCGUUCACCGCUCUCAAGUAUGCGUUCUCACAGGCCAUCAAGGUCGGCACCGACUGGUAUGUCGACAUGACUGUGGCGCAAAACCUCGAGGCCCUCUACAACGGGGCUAAGGGCAACGCCGAUCGCCGCCGAAGGCCAUGGCCCACCAUCCGCAAGCUCGUAGAGGCCUACAAGACUGGCGACCAGACCAAGUUCAGGGAGCUCAGAGACGCCCUGCACGAACUCAAGGAUAUGAUGACGCAGGAGUACCAGGAGGCGCUUGCCGAACACCUGGCCACCACCUCCAUAGAGAAAGCAAUCGCGAUCGUUAACGAGAUGCUGCACAUGAUAGACUAGCCUCAUUUUACCUCCCUGCGGUCUGAACGCCCAAGCGCGUUUGAUCGACAGGUGGUGUGGCAAUACAAGCAUGGAGUUGAAAGAAGCUUUUUAUCUGUCAAUCUACCUGUCUCUUACAUCACUAAGUCCAUAAACAUACUAGGACACGCAUUGACAGAUGCCACUUGUUCGCGUACUUCCGUGGUAAUGCAGCAUAGGGCUCUGCUUCUAUCCAAGUCAAUGCAGUCGCUUUCGAAUACAACUGUUUCUGCUUCC